AUGAUCGGCUACAACGGCGCUGGCUUUUCUCUCUCCCUCGUCGGUCCCAUCAUUGGCACCAUAAACAAGGAUUUAGGUUCGAAACCAUACUACGCCUGGAUCGCGAUUGCGUGGAACAUCGCCAACGCGAUCUCCGUCACCGUCUCUGGCCGCUUGAUGGACAUUUUCGGACGCCGAUAUCUCAUGAUCUUUGGCAAUCUGCUGGGAGUAGUCGCCUGCAUCGUCGCAGGAACGGCAGACUCAGUCGGUGUUGUCAUCUGUGGAGUCACCAUUCUGGGAUACGCGACAGGAUUCCAGCUCCAGGCGACGGCUGCUAUUGCUGAGUUGGUCCCAAACAAAUAUCGUCCCGCGGUGACUGGGCUGGUCGCGUUCUCGCUGCUUAUUCCGGCGGCCUUUGGUGCACCAAUUGCUUACCACCUCAUUGGACAUGCCACUUGGCGAUGGAGUUUCUGGAUCACACUCAUUGUCGAUGCCGUCGCCUGCGUUCUCCUCACACUGGUGUAUUUCCCUCCAACCUUCGGUCAGAAACACAGCUUGGACCACAAGACCAAAUGGCGACAGGUGGCCGAGUUCGACUUCUUCGGCCUCUUCCUAUUCAUCGGAAGCCUGAUAUCCCUCUUGCUGGGCAUCAACUGGGGCGGCUCCACUCACCCUUGGAAAAGCGCCCAUGUGAUCGUUCCCAUCGUCGUAGGCGGGUUCGGACUCAUAGCGUUCGGAUUCUACGAAGCUCUGAUGCCGCUCAAAGCAGCGCUUAUCCCGAAGGCUUUGCUAGCGGAUGCUCGGGGCUUCGACGUUGUCAUCGUCACGAUAUUCGUGGCUGGAAUGCUCCUAUACAGUCUUCAAGUCUUAUGGCCGACCCAGAUCCAGACGAUGUAUACCACCGAUACGAUGCGGAUCGGGUGGAUAAGCUGCACGUUUUCAGCAGCGACUAAUGUGGGGGCACUGGUGUUGGGCGCGUUUCUUGCGAAGAUAGGCCACGCAAGGUUGAUCUAUGUUGUUGUCGUUGCGCUGGAGACGGCGUUUGUUGCUGGCAUGGCGGGAAUGACUCCACAUUCGCUACCAGGAGCGGUAACACUCGUAUGUUUGGCAGGCCUUUGUGUCGGGUGUGUCAACCUGAUAAGCGUAACGAUGAUCAUACUUCGAUGCCGCGAUGAGUACAUUGGAGUCGCCGUCGGUCUUGCUGGAACGGCGCGGACAGUCGGGGGAGCAAUUGCCACGGCUAUAUACUCGACGGUUUUGAGCAACAAGGUGGACGAAGUCCUGCCCAAGAAGGUUGCGGAAGCUGUGGUGCCACUCGGAUUCAAGCUGCCGGACCUCUCUGCGCUGAUUACGGCGUUGUUGUCGGGCAGUCCGGCUGCGCUUAUGAAGGUUCCGGGUAUUACUCCGCGCGUUAUCAGUAGCGCGGCAUCUGCAGUCAAGGAAUCUUACGGCGAGGGCUUCAAGUUGAUUUAUCUCAUUAGCAUUGCGUUCGGCUCUGUCGCAUUGAUAUCUGCUGUCGGGACUAAGGAUAUUGAUGAUACGUUGACAGACCAUUUGGCGGUAGAGUUAAACCAGGGCCGUCACGCAGAAGAGUCAAAAGAGCCAAAAGAAGUGUAGAAGUCCAGCCUGGCACCGUCGUUAACUGGACGGGCUAACAUUACCACUCAUAUGGCUACUCGGUAAACAAGCUCGGUAGAUUUCAAUCCAUAGAAUUCAAUAUACUCUGCGGGGUCAAUUGCCAGUGAUGGAAUCGGUGGCCCGAGGUGAUGGUGGUUAUGUUGCUGCUUCUAGAGUCGCGGAAACUGACAUGCAUCGCCUACUCAGGCUCGAAUAUAGAAAUAGAACUAUGGUCCUUUUGUGAUGAUGAUGACGGUAAAGGUAUACGAUGAGAGAUACAGAACCAAAAAGCGGCGUUCAUUCAAUUUCUUUCUUGGAGUCAAAUAGUGGACUGCGAAUAAGCCUGGUGAGGCUGUGCUGCAGCGGUUCGGAUCGCGAGCAGGGCUUAGGAACAAUGAAGUAACAGGCGACGCGGCCGCUCUUGGCAGCUUGCAGAGAAUCAUGGCAGCUUCGUGGCAGCGGGCGGUUCAGAGUAAGA